UCAGUGAUCACUUGUCGCUGACGUCAACGCAUAUGACGUUUAAUGCAUUGAGUUAUUGACUGAGUGUUUGUUAGACUCUAUUUAAGAUCACAACUGAAGACAAAUGGCGAGUCCGAGAACCAGAAGAAUAUUACAAGAGUUGAGACCUAACGAUGAAAAUAAUUACUGUUUUGAGUGCAACGCAUGUAAUCCUCAGUGGGUUAGUGUCUCGUAUGGCAUAUGGAUAUGUCUGGACUGUUCCGGCAAACAUCGAGGUCUUGGAGUUCAUUUGAGUUUUGUCCGAUCGGUAACAAUGGAUAAGUGGAAAGACAUUGAGCUUCAGAAGAUGAAAAUCGGUGGCAAUCGAAAAGCUAAAGAGUUUUUCUCUUCGCAGUCCGAUUGGGACCCAUCACUACCACUAACCGAGAAAUACAACACACGAGCGGCCGCUCUCUAUAGAGACAAAAUUGUGACCGAAGCACAGGGAAAGAAGUGGUCAAUUGACACUUCUUCAGCCAAAGAUUACACUUCACGCAUAAUUCCAAAAUCUUCAGUCAAUAGCAAAAACUCAUCGAUGGUUUCAGAAAUGAAAUCAAAUAACACCGGAUGGGAUGAUGAAUGGUCUCAAUCUAGUUAUCAAAGUUAUGAUGCGCAAGAAGUUGAUCGACAAAAAGAGGAUUUUUUUGCCCGAAAACAAAAUGAAAAUAUGAGUCGACCCGAUGAUUUACCUCCGAGUCAAGGAGGAAAGUAUUCUGGAUUUGGAUAUAAUGCAAACCCUCCGAGAAGUCAAUCGGAAUACGGAUUAAAUGCAUUUUCUUCACUUUCAUCAGGUUGGUCUAUGUUGGCAACAAAUGCUACAAAACUGGCCUCAAAAGCGUCAGAAAAUGCUGUUAAGUUUGGAUCAAUUGCUUCGCAAAAAGCCACUGAAAUGGGUGGUAGUGUUAAUGAUAAGGUUAAAGACGGGACUUUAGUUAAUGAUUUACAAACACAAGUCUCUGUCUUGAGUUCAAAGUUUGCAGAUAUGGGUAAACGUGGUUGGAGUGAAAUGUCAUCUCUUUUUUCUCAACGAUCACAAUAUACGGAUCCAAACGCUGAAAACAGUUAUGAAAAUAGUUAUCAAAAUACUGGUAGUUAUCAUUCCGAAGAUUUAUUUAGUUCCACGUCAUCGUCGGCCUCAUCGACGCCAAUACAUUCGGUUAAUAGAGAGCCACGAAAUACUGAAUCUUCAAAUCUAUUGAAAGAGUCGUCACCACAGAAACAAAGUCGACCGAAAAGUAGUUCAAACGGUUCGAACUCACGAAUUAGUAAAGAGGAAAAAGUUUUAGACUUUGCCAGCAGUGAAGUCAAGAUUAAUAAGAAGUCUACUAUAAGUAAAAGUGGAAUCGAUUGGACUGAUGGCUGGAAUGACGAGGCCUGGUCUCAGUUAGAGGUCGAGACACCCAAAACCAAGAAAUCAACAAAAAAAAGUUAAAAAUAGUUGUUUUUUAGGCAACAAUUUUGAAUACUUUAAAAAAUAGUUAUCA